ACCCCAGAACAUAUGCCUGCUACGGUACCAAAGGAAAGUUGAUAUACCGAAACCGAAGAUGAGGGUGGCGGUGGAAGGACGUGGGGUUCAGGUGACGGUUCCAUUGCUAUCGGAGCUACAUCCAAAUGAUGAAGACCUGCCAACGAGCACGGCGAGAUAUUGUCAUACCAUCGCAAUGAAUGGAAGACCUAGUGGCGAGGAAGGAUCCGAGUCCUAGCCCUGUGACGCCAGCUGUUUUGAAAAAGUGCGGCGCGAAGGAGAUGGGUGUUUUCGGGGCUACCGAGGCCCUGGUUGAGCUGAAGCGAAUGCAGAAUCGAGAUGUCGUUCUGAAUAAAUUCUGGCGGCAGAGCGGUGGGGCAGCAAAGCGAAUGGGCGGGGAAAGUAGCAUGGAAGACAUUUAAAACUUGAAAGAGAAAGGCGUUGUGAUGCCGUGUUUGGCAACAACGACCAUGUCAUUCUCUGACUCUGACGCAGAGCAGCAGCCCUUGCUACAAGCCAAGGAAACCCUCGAUUCCUGGCGCAGCAAAUUGGGUCAAGUCCUCGAGGCACAGCUCUUCCACAAGGCCGUAAUCACUUUGAUUACCAUUGACGCUGCUUGUGUGCUUGUAGAUCUCGGAUAUACCCUUCUGUCAACCAAUUGUACCCCAGCAGGCCCAGAAGGUCCCCACUGGCUCGAGGUUCUCGCUCAUAUUUCUCUCGUUAUCACUACAUUCUUCCUCGUUGAAAUUCCUCUUGCUCUUUGGGCCUUCGGUUUCCAAUAUUACAAUCCCUUCGGGCAGGUCACUCACGCUUCACUGCACCUGUUUGACGCUGCUAUCAUCAUAAUCACUUUUGUUUUGGAGAUUACCUUGAAAGGUAAAGAGAAAGAACUUGGCGCGUUGCUUAUUGUUCUCCGUCUGUGGCGCCUGGUGAAGCUUGUCGGCGGAAUAACCGUGGGUGCCGGCGAAAUAUCAGAAGAACAUGACCAAGAUCUUCUGGAUACACGCCAACAGCUCAAGAGCCUAAAAUCCGAGCUUGAAAUUGCCAGACGUGAGAACAAAGAUCUCAGAGCACGCCUGGGGUGGAAUGUUCAAGGGCCAGAGUCAGCCGAAUUAUGA